AUGCAGAAUAUGACUGAUUUUCCAGAGAAUGUAACUUCCCACAAAAAUCUGUCUGUGAUUAUCAAGGUGUGUGUCGUGAUCCCCUUCUUCUUCGUCUUCCUCUGCUGCAUUGUUAUCAUGCUGCACAUCUUUGCACAUCACAGGCAAUUCCUGGACAACUCACGUUACAUCCUGUUUGCCUACAUGCUAAUCAAUGACACCGUUCAGCUCUUGUCCUCUGUACUGCUUUUUCUCUUUGUUAUGGCAAAGGUGAAAUUUGCUCUUGUCUACUGUGUUCCCUUGCUGGUCAUUUCCACUGCCACUUUCCAGAACACACCGUUAAUCCUGGCCACCAUGUCGCUGGAGCGUUACGUUGCCAUCUUCUAUCCCCUGCAGCGCCCAGCCGCCUGGCGCUCAGACCGCAUUUGGAUCAUUACUCUGUCCCUGUGGCUCAUCAGCUGUAUCUUCCCCAUCAUUGAUCACUCAAUCGGGAAACACGAUCCUGCUGUGGAUGUAUUCUCUACCCGUGUGCUUUGCAAAGCCACCCUUGUGAACUCAUCCCCAAUUCAGACAUUGUUUAAAGCUGCUGUAAGCGUUCUCUUCUUCGCAGUAGUGGCUGUUAUCAUCCUUUUUACAUAUGUGAGAAUCCUGCUGGAAACCAGGAAGCUGAGACAAGACAGAAUGUCUGUGAGCAAAGCCAUGCACACCGUGCUGCUGCAUGGCUUUCAGCUGCUGCUGUGCGUGUUGGCCUUCACCAGCCCCAUCACUGAAACUCUCAUUGUGCUGCAUGCCAAUUGGCUUCCAGAGGACAUCUCCUUUUUUAAUUACUUCUGUUUCAUCCUGAUUCCCCGCUUCCUCAGCCCGCUCAUCUAUGGCUUUAGAGAUCAGAGUCUCAGGGGCUACAUUGGGAAAACAUUCCUCUCCUGUUCAAACAAAAUCAAACCCUGCAUCAGAGGCAAGCUGCAGGACAAUUUACCUACUUCUUGA